AUGGCACCACAGCCUAUUUCUGUGCCCCAAAGUGGGUUCCAGGCUCUCAUUCUGUGUGGACCUGGUGCCUCCUUGAAUACAUUCACUGCGAAUCCGGAGGAAUAUCCAAAAUGUCUCAUUCCAGUGGGGAACAGAGUGAUGCUCUAUUAUCCAAUGACCUAUGCACUACGUGCAGGAAUCACAGAUAUCACAUUGAUCACACCUCCUUCCUCUCUCGCUCCUAUCCAAGCCGCCUUGCAACAAAUUCCGCAUCUCACGGCCCUUCCUUCUCCCCGCGUGAUUGCUCCGAAGGGCCUCGAGAUGACAAUGGGAACUGCUGAGCUUCUACGUCUACCCGAAGUGCAAGCCUGCAUCAAAACCGAUUUCGUUCUUCUCCCCUGUGAUCUAGUUUGCGACAUCCCUGGUGAAUCACUGAUAGAGGCAUGGAUGGUAUCUCAGGGUGCCCUCGGUGGCAGCACAUUGACAGAGGGUAAAAACGCACACGGCCCGGUCUCAUCAGGACCUGGUGGAGAGCAGGGUGGCCGCCGUGGUGGUCUCAGUGUGUUCUAUCAAACACAAGGUCGAGAGGAGAGUGUCAAGGGUGAAUCUACAGACUUCGUGGCGGUUGCACCCUUGGAUCAGCAUAACGAUGAGCGCCCUGCUGUAUCGCAUCUAAUCGAUGGGCCGGAAUCUGUGCGGUCGAAUUUGUCGAAACUGGUCCUCUCGAUGCCAAUGGAUACCCUCAAGGAAAACAUGGAGCUUGACAAGGGCUACCUCACCCGCCAUUCUCUUGUCGAGCAACACCCUAACGUGAAGAUGCUGACUACAUACCGUGAUGCCCACCUCUAUAUCUUCCCGUACUGGGUCAAGGAUUUUGCUCGCCACGAAAAGCUUGAAUCCAUCAGCGAAGAUCUUCUAGGCUACUGGGCCAAAGCUGGGUGGCAGAAAGGCCUUUCCGACAAGCUUGAAAUGCAACAGUUCUUUCCGCAAGAGAACCAUAUCCAGAGUGAGAGUGGAAGUCAAGAUGGCGAGUCCUUGGAGGACGAAAUCGACCUUCGAAGCCUGAGUACCACCAAGGUUGGCUCAAACUUUGAUGAUUCCCAAUCCUCUGUGUAUUCGUCCCAUGCCAAGGCGUCCUCCGAGCCAAGCGAUGUGCCCUCCAUCCUUGCCUAUGUACAACGAGGAUCUUCACCAUUUGUCCGUCGGGUUGACAGCACUUCGAUUCUCUUGUCUACGUCCCUUCGUCUAGCUAAGCUAGAAUCAAUCGAGGAAGCCGGUGAUAAGGCUUCGCCUUUUGCGCAUAACCAGAAGAUUGCGCACCCUGCUGGUGUGGCCCAACGAUCUACCGUUACAAAGAGUGACUGUCUUCUCGGAGAAAACGUCACAGUGGAAGAAAAAUGUGUCAUCAAAGAAUCCGUCAUUGGAGCCAACUGCCACAUUUCGACAGGUGCACGGUUGACACGCUGUCUUUUGAUGGAUGGCGCGGUUGUUGGCCCUCGCGCUGUUCUUAGUGGUUGUGUAAUUGGUAAACGAGCAAAGAUCGGUCGUGAGGCCCAGCUUAAGGACUGCGAGGUUCAGGAUGGCAACGUUGUCGAAGACGAGGCUGAUGCCAAGAAUGAAAAGUUCAUGGUUUUUGAAGGCCUGGACGAGGAAGAAGGUAUGGAAGACUUUGACGAGGAAGACGAUGAAGAUGAGCUGUGA